AUUAACUAAUGUAUUAACUAAUGCAUCAACUAAUGCAUUAACUCAUGUUAAUUCAUAUAUUGAUAAAUGUUAGAUAAGCAAUUAUAUUAAUUAUUGUAAUGUUACUUAAACAUGAGUUAUUGUCUAAAAAUGCAUUAACUUAUGUUAAUUAAGGGACCCUUAUUGUAAAGUGUUACCAAACACUUUUAUAAUUAGACAUUUUUGCUGUGGUUUGGGCUGUUUUGUAUUUUCACUUUUUAGAGUCGCAUUUGACUAAAAAUGGAACAUGAAAGCAAAUAGGAAACACUUGACUUACAAAUGGAUAAAAGUGGGAGGGUUUAUCCAAAUAACGACCUAGUGAUUAGCAUAUUCCUCCUCCUCUCGCCUCUCUCCAAGUCCUCAUUCAACUUUCACCCGUGCCGCAUUUGUCCUCCUUUUCCUCUCAUUCUUCCGCCGGACAAUGGCAGCCUUCCCCGUCGUCCCUGAAUCUCUCGCUUCCGUUGCUCUCUUUCAUUACACACGGCGGUCGCGGAACAAGAGGACGACUUUCCAUUGGCUCCUCGCUAAUUGUGUCUAGCUUGCUCCAAUUGCACGUCUACAGGCCUAAAAAAGUUGGAUUUUUUUGCUGCGAACUAUCGUCGCAAGAGAGAGCAGGUUGGACUUAUCUAAAUUCUCUCCCAAGUGACGGUCACGUCACACUUCCACGGCAACGGUGUAACUAUGGAGCGAAGGCAUGGGACAGGAACAGCCCAGUUACAAACAGCGUGCUUGUAGACAGAAAAGGGGGCCGUCUUGGGGAGCGGAGAAGAGAAUGAGGAUCCCAAGCUAAGGACUCUAAUGUGAAAUGAUCAAAAUUUGCAACUUUUGAAGGAUCUGCUCUGUUAUGCCACUGAAAGCGGCGGAUUUUUCAAUUACAUCCCCCUCGUGCGGGACGAGGUGCAGCGUCAUGCGUGUUUGUGAGGCCACCAGCUGUCUGUCUGUGUUUGGCGGUGACGGACACAGGGAGGGAUUGACAUGUGUUUCCAUGGCAAUGAGCGGCUGCAGCCCCUUUCCCGUGUGUUGGGGCCGAGAAUAUGACAGACACUUAGCGGCGGCGGUGUCAGCAGGGAAAACCAUGGCGACGCCCUACAUGGAUCCCAACCUCAAUCACGCCAUGCUAGACGGCAGCGCCAAGUCGCGACUCAGUGCCGGGGCGUCGGACCGUAUCGUCGGCGGGUCCGUGGACAGGGUCCUGAAGGUUUUCCACCACUUUGAGAUCAACACGGAACUUAGCAGCUGGUCCUCCAACAUCCGAUAUGGAGAUGCCACCGAUGUCCGGGGAAUCAUCCAGAAGAUCCUCGACAUACACAAGGUGCGCUGGACGUCAUGUUUCGGCCUGCGUCUUAGCAGCAGCGGCCAACCAAGAGACCAAGUGCACUGGCUUCAUCCCGACAUGGGCGUGUCGCAUGUCCGCGAGAAAUACGAACAAGCGCACCCCAACGAGGAGUGGAGGUAUGAACUAAGAAUUCGAUACCUCCCGAAAGGCUUCAUGCAGCAGUUUACAGAAGACAAACCUACACUCAGUUACUUUUACCACCAGGUGAAAAAUGACUAUAUGGCACAGAACGGGGAUCAAGUGGAGCAAGAUGUCGCCCUGAAACUGGGAUGCCUGGAGAUAAGGAGGUUCUUUAAAGAGAUGAGGGGAAAUGCCUUGGACAAGAAGUCCAACUAUGAGCUACUAGAGAAGGAUGUCGGGCUGAGGCGCUUUUUCCCCAAAGACCUGCUGGAUUCAGUCAAGGCCAAGACGCUUCGUAAAUUAAUCCAGCAGACCUUCAAGCAGGUGGCCAACCUCAAUGACGAGCAGUGCAUUCUCAAGUUCCUUGAGAUUCUGGCACCCAUUCACCGCUACGACAAGGAAUGCUUCAAAUGCGCUCUGGGGUCAAGUUGGGUCAUCCAGGUGGAGCUUGCGAUUGGGCCUGAGGAAGGCAUCAGCUACCUGACAGACAAGGGGUCUGCGCCCACCCAUCUGGCUAACUUCACACAAAUACAGUCCAUCCAGUACUCAGCAGUUGAGGAAAAGGACAAGAAAGCAACGUUGCAAGUCAAUGUCGCAGGAGCUGCCGAGCCUCUUACUGUCACGACAGCUUCCCUAACCAUGGCUGAGAACUUGGCCGACCUAAUCGAUGGCUACUGUCGGCUCAUCUCCAUGGAAACGCGAUCCUUUAUCGUCAGAGUUCAGAAAGAGGGCGAGAGAGCACUUCCAUCUCUUCCAAAGUUGUCUAAUAAUGAGAAGAGAUUGGAAGCGGUCAAGAGUGGAGUGAGAACAAUCUCCGUCUCCGACCCGGUGCCGUCCUCUCCUCCCAAGCCGGCAAAGGCGCGACGUUUUCUCCUCCCCUUUGUCUUCUGUUCUGAUUCGCCACCCAAUGAAGAUCUUAGCGGGGAUGAGACCGAUGACUACGCCGAAAUAGUUGACGAAGAGGACACGUACACCAUGCCCUCCAUGACCUAUGGAAUAGUGGAAGCGCGGGACUACGAGAUCCAGAGGGACAGGAUUGAGCUCGGUCGCUGCAUAGGAGAGGGUCAGUUUGGAGAUGUGCACCAAGGAGUCUACAACAUCCCGGACAAGCAAGCUUUGGCUGUCGCCAUUAAGACGUGCAAGAACUGCACGUCAGACAGCGUCCGGGAAAAGUUCCUGCAAGAAGCAUUGACCAUGCGGCAGUUUGACCACCCUCACAUCGUCAAGCUGAUCGGUGUCAUCACAGAGAAUCCAGUGUGGAUCAUUAUGGAGUUGUGCACGCUAGGAGAGCUCCGUUCCUUCCUCCAGGUGAGGAAGUACAGCCUGGACUUGGCCACGCUCAUCCUGUUCGCAUACCAACUAAGCAUGGCGCUGGCGUAUCUGGAGAGCAAGCGAUUCGUGCACAGGGACAUCGCAGCACGUAACGUGUUGGUGUCUUCUAUCGACUGCGUGAUGCUGGGGGACUUCGGUUUGUCCCGCUACAUGGAGGACAGCUCUUACUACAAAGCCUCUAAAGGCAAACUUCCUAUCAAGUGGAUGGCACCAGAGUCGAUCAACUUCAGAAGAUUCACCUCCGCUAGUGAUGUCUGGAUGUUUGGCGUGUGCAUGUGGGAGAUCCUGAUGUACGGCAUCAAGCCCUUUCAAGGUGUGAAGAACAAUGAUGUGAUCGGUCGCAUAGAGAACGGCGAACGGCUGGCUAUGCCGCCGCAGUGCCCACCAACACUUUACAGCCUAAUGACCAAGUGCUGGUCGUACGACCCCAGCAAGCGGCCGCGGUUCACUGAACUCAAAACGCAGCUCAGCACCAUACUGGAGGAAGAGAAGCUCCAGCAAGAGGAAAGACUGCGGAUGGAGAUGAGAAGACAGGUCACAGUGUCGUGGGAUUCUGGAGGUUCUGAUGAGGCGCCGCCAAAACCGAGUCGACCAGGUUACCCCAGCCCUCGUUCCAGUGACGGCUACUUCUCUAGUCCGCAACAUAACCACUACCAGCCUACAGCGCAUGGCGGCUUCCCUACGACUGACUCCUGGAACCAGCACAGGCCGGAACAUACAGCAAUGUGGAGCUCCAACAUGGAGGACCCGGGAUGUACGGGCCAGGCUCUCAUGGAGGAGAGGCUGAUGAUGCAGCAACAGCAGAUGGAAGACGACCAGCGCUGGUUGGAGCAGGAGGAGAUCUUCAUGAAGACCGAGCCCAGAAACAGCCGAGGGAGCAUCGAAAGAGAAGACGGGACUCUCCAAGCGCCGGGUGGAAGCCAGCACAUAUAUCAGCCUGUGGGCAAACCAGAACACGUGGCUCCACCAAAGAAGCCCCCCCGCCCUGGCGCCCCCAUUCACCCUGGCCCCGUGGACAGCUACAACGAAGGUGUUAAGUUACAGCCCCAGGAGAUUAGCCCGCCCCCCACAGCCAACUUGGACCGCUCCAACGACAAAGUGUACGAAAACGUGACGGCGCUGGUGAAAUCCGUCAUCGAGAUGUCAAACCGGAUCCAGCCGGCGGCGCCUGAGGAGUACGUGCCCAUGGUUAAGGAAGUGGGUUUGGCGCUUAGGACUUUGCUGGCCACAGUGGAUGAGACCAUCCCGGUGCUUCCCGCCAGCACCCACAGAGAGAUCGAGAUGGCGCAAAAACUUCUCAAUUCUGAUUUGGCCGAGCUAAUCGCCAAGAUGAAGCUGGCGCAGCAGUAUGUCAUGACCAGUUUGCAGAAGGACUACAAAAAGCAGAUGCUCAUGGCGGCGCACGCCCUGGCCGUGGACGCCAAGAACCUGCUGGAUGUCAUCGACCAGGCUCGCCUCAAGAUGAUCACGCGGCCGCCUUAGCUGGACGUUGGUGGCCAGGGAGAGCGACUCAAAUGGUGGACAACGCACACUACAGCCACCAUGAUCUGGUGUCCUCGUGGAUUUUUUUAUGAUAAAAAAACACUCUCGCCACAUAUUUUUUAGUAAUACAGUACAUUUGUUAAAAGUAGCCAUUUUAAAAAAUAAUUUCGAAGGAGUUGUUCCACACGUGACGAAACGGACAGCAGAAUCGGUGGUGUUUGAACAUGCUUUUGAUAUAAUAUAUUUACAGUUUAUACAUAUGUAAUUUUCCCAGCCUUGGCUUUUACUGGAUGUUUUUUUUUUGUCAGUUCUCAUCCUUUAGCUUUAAGAAUCAAACGUGGGGAACAUUUUUUCCCACCCAUAUAAGGGGCCAGUUUCCCCAAAUGUAUGAAAAAUAUGAGCAUUUGCAGGUUAAAUGUUUUUAAAUGUGUAUAACAGCUCCUCUGAGAUUUGAUGCGAUUUUUCAAGUUGCAUGGCGAGCCGACAAUGGAGACACGUGCCACAGGUUCAGCAGUAAGUACACCACAGGCCACUUUUGAAAGAUAUAUGACUUUUUCCUAUUUUAACCUCUCUGACAAAUGGCUUGUUGGAUACAAGCAAAGGAGAGCAUGGAUGCUUACAAAUAACUUUGAAGACUUUCUUUUUAAAAAUACAUAUAUACAUACAGAAAAUGAAGUCAUACGGGGUUGCCUGUUUAUUUUUUACACUACAAAUCAAUUUGGCAACUUUACAGACUCGAAUCAAAUACUGUGAAUGGAUUAAAGAGCGACAUCCUUAUUUAUUAGGUGAAUGGCAACUGCAGUUGGACGCUAUGGUCAGCCGGUUUGAACCUGAUAAAUUUCCAACAUGGUCCCCUUUUUCACAAUUUUUGUUUUUCCAGCACUUUUCUCAGGAAAUACAUCAUGUAAAGUUGCAAAUAAAAAGACACUGUUAGCAUUGCAAACAGGCUAUUUAUUGGACGCACGGAGAUGUUUCGAACCAGCGGCCGUUCACGUGUGUGGCGAAUGUGAUUAACACUACAAUGUUGUUUAUAAAGAAAUAUGAUAUGAAAAAUGCAGAAAUAGCUGGAUAAAAGAAUUACUUGUUUCCGCCCGGUUUCGAACCGGGGACCUUUCGCGUGUGAGGCGAACGUGAUAACCACUACACUACGGAAACUGAUGAGUUUCAGCAUGACAUUGACAAGAAUUUUCAAAAAAGAAAUAAAAUAUGACAGCAAUAGCUACA